AUGUUAUUCCAAUUCCUUACUGGAGAAUUUCCAUUUAGAGGAAAGAGUGAUAAAUUAACAUUUGAUGCUAUUAAUGCAUGUGCACCAUCUUAUCCUCAUAAUAUGCCAGUUAAUGCAAAAGAUCUUUGUCAAAAAUUAAUGGUACUUGAUAUGAAUAAUAGAAUUGGUGUAAAAUCAACAGAUGAAUUAUUAUCUCAUCCUUUCUUUACAGGUAUUCAAUUUGACUCUCUUCUUCAACAAACACCACCACCAUUUGAAGCAGGAAUGGCUAUUCCUAAAAUUGAAGAUUUUAUAUAUCCCGGAUUAUUAAAAGAAGGUGAAAAAGUUAUUUUAUAUCGUACAGUAUAUAAACGUAAAGGAAUUAGUAAUACUAAACGUGACUUAAUUUAUACUGACCUUCCUCGUCUCUUUUAUUGUGUUUCUAAAACUCCUAAUAUUAAAGGUGAAAUUCCUCUUACUAAAGAUACUUCUUAUUUCAUUAAAAGUGGAUCACAAUUUAUUAUUAGAGUACCUGGCAGAGAUUAUCAAUUAGAAGAUUGUCUUGGAGAACCUCAAGUAUGGAUUAAUGCAUUUGAUGCUACUUGUCAUAAAUGGAAAUAA